AUGGGAGUUACAUCGCGAAUUCCUGUUGAUGGCGAGAGAUAUGCGGCAGAGGCACAUAGGCUGCUUCCAGGGAUUCUGCGGGAGCCACCGACUUUGGAUGGCUUGCAGAGCUUGCUCAUGCUGGCGCUCUAUCAUACCCUCUCUGGAGAUUCUCGAUCAGUAGAUAUCCUCAUCGGCAAUGCUACACGCUUGAUAUUUAUGCUGGGUGGUAACCUUUGCUAUGAGGACACUGAUCUUAUAUCACCAUCACCGACUCUAUCAAAUCUGUCUUCUCGAGCACGUUAUCACCUCCGGAAUCUGUUCUGGAUCUGUUACGUCCUCGAUAAAGAGCUAUUCCUACGAACAGGCCGCCCUCCAUCUCUCAGUGACGAUGACUGUGAUCUUACCCUUCCCAUGGGGUAUUCAAACUCAUUGAUAGACCAGAUACCACCCCAGCCGUCCGCCGGGCCAGAGGCUAGACCUUUGUUGUUUCCUACUGAUCUGAACGUGAGCAUAAUCACAUCGAGAAUAUACCGCUCACUCUUUUCGGUAAAGGCGCUCCGAAAAUCGGACGCUGAGCUUUUGAGGACCAUCCGUGAACUAGACGAAGAUUUAGAGAAGUGGAAGGUCGGAGCCUGUGAUUGA